AUGCAAUUGCAUCUGCCAUUGCUCGUGCAAGCACCGAAAUUGCCACAGAAGAAGCCACUGGAUUUGCAAUCUGAAGGGAAGGUCCAACGAGCUACCCAGCCACUGCUAUUUGCCACUGCAGAAUCCUCUGACCACCGCAUCAAGCUGACUUGCCCCAGGUGGAACUGCAAGAACUCGGUCAGAUUAGGAUUAUCCGGAGGAUUCAGCACCAGCGAGCUGCCAUUGUCUGGUCAUGUCACCAUCCAAUCUGGGAAGGUGCCCAGGCUGGGAUGCCCAUCGGUGACGUUGGCCCCCGUGUCGCCGGCGAGCCCGAGCCUGGCGCCGGGGAGCAGCGAGUCGCCGGGGGAAUCGAAGCUCUACCACAGGACCCGCGAGGCGUUGGUCUGGUCCCUCACCACCAGGUUGCCGUUGCCGAGGAGCACCGCGGCGGCGGCGGGCGGCGGGGCGCCCGGCGUGUCCCCAGCCACGGGCGAACACCAGAGGGUAGACCCGGCCUCCGUGAUGCACACGUUGCCGGCGAAGACCUCCAGCGCGGCGGCGGAGAGGUCGGAGAUGACGACCCUGUCCCCGACCCAGAACGUGGGGCUGGUGCUCGGCAUCCUCUUGAAGCGGACGCCCAAAAAGUGGUGGAUGCCAGCGCCCGGGGCGAAGAAUCCCAGCUCGAAGUCGCCGUUCUUGGACACUAGUGUCUGGUUCCCGGAGAUGCCCGCGCCGGGGAGGAUGAUGUCCGUCGCCGAAGCAGCGACGGCCAGCAGGAGGAAAAAGACGAGGAAGGUGGGCGGCGUGCACCCGCGAGGCCCCAACGCAGCGGGCGCGAGCCGGGGGGAGGGGUCGGGGCAGAGCCCGCCGCAGGCCACGCGAUGCCCCAGCCACUGCGGGCGCAAGCCUGGGGAGGAGCGGGCGGAGUGA